GUGCAAAACCACCUCUGGGGGGAACACCGGGUCAGCGGAGGCUCCAGCGAGGUGGGCAAAUGGGUGGAUUACGCAGUGAUGAGUGCUCACGCGCAGGAUGAGGAUGACGAAGAGGAGGAGGAAGAGCAGGAGCAGGAGGAGGGGAAAGAGGGGGAGGGUGAGUUUGGCGCAGAUAGGGCUGGCACAACACGUCUCAUUGAUAAGCCCUUCCCUGCCUACACAUCCGCUAUGACGAGACCGCCAUCAUCUGGUGUGAAGUUAGACCAACUGCCGGCCUACUGUGACCCACCGAACCCCUGCCCCAUCGGCUAUGAUCCAGACAGCCUUGCAACACCCUGCGACCGAAACAUUCCAAACACAAAGGAAUUUAACCGGGCUUGGAUCCUGAGAAAGAUGCAUAAUGGAGAGUGUCCGUGUGACGAGGAGCACAUGGAAUCGUAUGUGUCUAUGACAAAUGAGGUUCAUUGUGAUAUCUAUACUUUUGUGGUGUUAGAGCAUAUGGGCACAAAGCGUACAAAUAUUUGCAUAGAUGGGAACUAA